CAGAGAAAUGUUGACACACAGACAUACACACAGCUAGGCACAAUAGGGCACCCGUAGCGCGUGCAACUUUUCAAAAUUUGAGCGAAAUAAAAGCAAUUUGUUCGAUUUAAAGAAAUAAAAUUAUAUUUAACUAAAUCAAAUAAAAUGGGUAAUGUGCUAGCGGCCUCAUCUGGAACUGGGCCAGGUCUCAACAGCAGUGUGGCAGCCAGCCUCGGACUGCCCGAGCCGGCCCCAGAGCAACCACAGCAGAGUAGCCGCAGUGCUGCUGUUACCGAGAAUAGUGGAGCCUCUGCCAUAACUACCUCCAAAGAUGCCGCACUGGAGAAUCCCGGAACUGUUGAGGAGUUGCACAAGAAAUGCAAAGAUAUCCAGGCUAUUACCUUUGAGGGCGCUAAAAUUAUGUUAAACAAGGGCUUGAGCAAUCAUUUUCAGGUAUCGCAUACAAUCAAUAUGAGCACGACGGCACCAAGUGGCUAUCGCUUUGGUGCCACCUAUGUGGGUACCAAACAAUACAGUCCCACGGAAGCCUUUCCAGUUCUAUUGGGUGACAUUGAUCCAUCUGGCAAUUUGAAUGCCAAUGUCAUACAUCAGUUUUCUCCACGUUUACGCUGCAAAUUUGCCUCGCAGAUCCAGGAUUCCAAGAUGGUCGCUUCACAGUUGACCACCGAUUAUCGUGGCGAUGACUUUACCGCCUCCAUAACUCUAGGAAAUCCCAGUAUAUUUACCAAUUCGGGUGUCAUUGUUGGACAAUAUCUGCAAUCGGUCACACAGCGUGUUGCCUUGGGCGCCGAACUGGCCUAUCAAUAUGGCCCAAAUGUACCGGGACGUCAGAUAGCUAUUGUAUCGGCUGUGGGUCGCUAUGCGGCCGAUAAUUCAACCUGGUCAGGCACUCUGGGCCAAAGUGGCUUGCAUUUGUGCUAUUAUCAAAAGGCUAGCGAUCAAUUGCAGAUUGGCGUCGAAGUGGAGACCAGUCUGCGUAUGCAGGAAUCGGUGGCAACAAUCGCCUAUCAGAUUGAUUUGCCCAAGGCUGAUUUAGUGUUCAGAGGCUCUAUUGAUUCAAAUUGGCACAUUUCUGGUGUGCUGGAAAAACGCCUACAGCCAUUGCCAUUCUCGUUUUUAUUAAGUGGACGAAUGAAUCAUGUUAAGAAUAACUUUAGACUCGGCUGUGGACUAAUGAUUGGUUAACCAGCCCAAUUAAAAAACAGUGUACCAUCCUUUUCAUACACACACACACACACAUACACACACACACACACACACACACACACACAACCCAAAGCAUCCUUCCAACACAAGCGCAUUCAACAGAAAUCAUCGACAGAUAGCUAAAAACAAAAACAAACUAAAAAUAAAAAAAAAAAACCAAGAAAAACCAAACCACCAAACUGAACUGAAUUCUUCUGAUAAGGCCUUCUUUUUGUUGUAAUAUUUUUUUUUUUUACGUUUUGUUGUCUUCAAUCAAAUGACUUUUGUGUUAAACUUGUAAAAUAUGCAGAUAUAUAUACAAUCUAAUGGAGACAACAAAACUUAACAGAAGAAUUCGUUCCACUCCUCAAUAAAGAAGUCAAUAAUAAUUCCAAUUGGUCGCUUUGCGUCGUUGUAAGGGUUUAUUUUUUCUGGUUUUUUUUUUUGCAACAAAUUUUUGUAAAAUUUUCAUACCAAAUCUUAAAGCAUUUAUGGAAACACAAAGAAAAUUUUGUUUGCAAUUUCCCAACCACAAACACAAAUACAAACAAACAAACACACACACACACAACCACAACAACAACAAGAAAUUGGUAAUAAAAAGCUGCUUUAAGUUUAUAAUUAAUAAA